AUGAUGAAAAAAAAUCGUCGUUUUCCAUUUGAACGCAGUCAAGAAAAAGUUUCAUUGGAACAUCUUUCAACAACUGAACAAUUAUUAUAUCCAAUGGUUCGACAAUAUACAUCGAUUUGUCGGCAAAGUAAUCAUAGUGAAAAAGCUGAAUCGUUACAACAAGAUAUUAUUGAUCCAAAUGAAGAAAAAUAUCGACUCAAUCAAUUAGUUAAUUAUUUAAAACAAAAACAUGAUAAUCAUGUUGUAGAUACAAAUAACUUUACUGAUUUACUCGAUCAGAAUGUUCAACAUUGGAAACAAGUUAAAUAUGAAUGGCAAAAAUAUUAUCAGGAAAAAAAUAGAAAAGAACAGGAGCUGUUCGAUCAUUUAAUUAAAGCAUAUCGCAGAUAA